AUGUCGGAGAUAUCUGUCCCGUUGGUCAGAGGGAAAACAGAUCACAAAUUGAAGGGCCAUAAGCUAUUGUAUAGCGUUUCGGUGUUCCUGAGUAUAGGAGUAUGGUUAUUUGGAUACGAUCAAGGAGCGUACUUCGAUUCACCUACCGCCGGGGAAGUGGGGAAUAUGGUAGCGGUGUUAGAAAUAGGAGCUUUCAUAACAUCCCUUUUGGCAGCUCAUCUCGCCGAUAACUACGGUAGAAGGAUGACUUUGAGAAGUGGUGCUUUCGUCUUCACUGUUGGAGGCGCGAUUCAGACUUGGUGCAUCGGAUUCAAGACUAUGAUUCUUGGUAGAAUCAUCAGUGGAUUCGGUGUCGGGAUGUUAAGUAUGGUAGUACCAAUCUAUCAGUCUGAAAUAUCACCUGCUAGUCAUAGAGGUUUGUUAGGAUCUGUUGAAUUCACUGGAAACAUCAUUGGAUAUGCAUCUUCUGUCUGGAUAGACUAUCUCUGUUCAUACUUACAAUCCGACCUAUCAUGGCGAGUACCCCUAUCCAUCCAAUGUAUCGGAGGUAUCGUCCUCGCUAUCGGAAGUUUUGUCGCUCCUGAAUCACCUAGAUACCUCAUUGACACAGAUCAAGAUGUCGAAGGAUUGGCGGUUAUUGCGGAUUUCCAAGGGAAAGACCUAGAUUCAUAUAGUGUUCAAGAAGAAUUCAAGGAGAUCAAAGACGCUGUUCUUGCAGAUCGCGCAGUAGGUGAUAGAAGCUAUACAGCCCUCUGGAGAAGAUAUAAAGGUAGGGUCUUGAUUGCUAUGAGCAGUCAGAUGUUUGCUCAAUUGGUGAGUGUCUGCGAUGCGGAUCGCAACGUCAUCUCAUACUAUGCCCAGGCAGGUUGGAUUGGUCGAGAUGCAAUCUUGAUGACAGGUAUCAAUUCGCUAUUUUACAUAGCGAGUUCUAUACCUCCAUGGUUCUUAAUGGAUCGAGCUGGACGGCGACCAAUUCUUCUCACUGGGGCUGUAGCCAUGGCGAUAGCAUUGACUGCCACGGGAUGGUGGAUAUAUAUAGACCAAGCUAUUACUCCCAAUGCAGUCGUCGUUUGUGUGGUCAUCUACAACGCUGCGUUCGGAAUGAGUUGGGGACCUGUACCUUGGCUUUACCCUCCUGAGAUCAUGCCUCUUGCCUUCAGAGCAAAAGGUGUCUCGCUUUCUACAGCUACAAACUGGCUUUUCAACUACUGGGUCGGCGUUUCCACCCCGCUCUUCCAAGAACUGAUUGGGUGGCGAUUAUACCCCAUGCACGCGUUCUUCUGUGCACUGUCUUUCGUACUCGUGUACUUCCUGUAUCCCGAAACUCGAGGUGUACCGCUUGAAGAGAUGAAUCUGUUAUUCCAGGAUGAACCCGAGCUAGAUGACGAUGACGAGGACGAAGAAGAAGGUUCAGGAUCAGACGGAGAAGAUGACGAAGAUGGGUCAGGUGGAUCUGAAAACUCUUCUUUGGUAGGAAGCAGAUCUAGAAGACGUUACUCUAAUGGAUCAACAUUACCAAUCACGAAUAAAUCAGAAGCAGAAUCUAGAAGUGGAUUUUUCGGUAAAAUAUUGGGGUCAGUCGAAGGUGUCUUUGGUGGAGGAGGAAGCAAACGAAGAGGGAGCGUGCGAGAGCAGACUCUGAUCGAUGUCAACUGGGUGACAGGGCUCGAUGCUACAGGCAGACGUAUUACCAGAUCUAAAUCCAGAGGUCGCUCGAAGUUGAAAGGUAACAGUACAACUACAAACGAAAAUAAUCCGAUCGAGUUGGAACAUGCUCGAGAAUUCGAACAAUUACCUGGCCUACCUGAGGACGAUGAAGACGAAGAUAUUGGAGAUGUGGAGAUCCAUCCUCGACUUCCGGGAGGAUCGAUCGAAUUAUCAAGAAGGAAUACAAAUAGUGUCGAGCCUCGUUGA